UAAUUUGCCAGCGGCAUGCAGAAAGUUUCCACAGAAAACGUUCGCAUGGGUUGUAUUUGGGGGAGUUGCCUUCACCCCUCUCCUCUCUGCUCCUCUUGCACUUUUGAGCAAAUCGAGGGAAGGGGAAGACGAGAAAUCAUGACUGCUCAAAAGAUCUCCAUGCUCGCCUUUGUUACCUUACUGACUUUUCUGGCUCUGUCAGAAGUUGCGAGUGAGAACACGCUGGGAAAAAUCUUGAUGAGAAAAGUGGAUGGUGAUGUAAACCCCUCUGUGGCACUGACUCCCUCCAAAGCCAAACAGUUUCUGGCAUCCCUUAAGAGACCCAAAAGGAAUUUAUGGGACCGCAGCCGUCCUGAUGUCCAGCAAUGGAUCCAACAGUUCAUGUAUAUGGGUUAUGAUGAAGCAAGACUUGAAACUGAUCUGGCCUAUUGGAUGGACCACUAUCGAUCCAAUGACCAAGGGCGUCAGCAUCACUAUGACGAAAACUCUCCCAUGGGGCCACGGGGACCUGGAUCAUACAGGCAUGGAGCAGAUGUUAACUAUGACUACUACUAAGACACCUUUGUCUCCCAGACUUGAUUGACUGCUUCCGGGAACAAAAUGUGACUCUGUGGUUAAUAACACUUAAUCUGCCUUAAUAUACUUGACAGUGAAGCAGGUUAAAAACAGUGAUGUAUUAUUAUGAAUAUUGCAUCUUUUUAGAUAUUUCUGUGGGAAAAGCUUUCUGUUUUCCAUAUAAUUACUAAAACAGCUAUUUGUGUAUGUCAGUGGAUGUACAACUGAAUGAAUAAAUGGAUUAAAUGAAAACGGUGCAUACA